GGUUAAUUUGACUAUACAUGACCAACUCAUUUGAAUGAACUUUUCAACCCUUAAACAAUCCUCGGAAUUGAGGUUACUACCCGUUACCUAGACAGUAUUAGCCCUAUCAUCAUAGAUAUGAAGGAUUCAUAAUACACCGCUGAUAGCCCCCGCCACUAUGCGGAACAUAAAAAUGGGAGCCUUCCUGUCCAAAAUGCCCAUUUUCUUAUUCCUCACCUCCGUCGCAUUACUCCACGGAGCUGGAUAACCCAAAUUAUAAGUCGUAUUCCGCCCACAAGGAUAUUAUCUAGGCUUGGAGGGAUCAGAUUCACCAAUAUUGGUCUUUAUCAGCUGAGGCAUUUCAACUACAUUCGGUCGUCGCCAGCGCAGCCUUGAGAUUUCUUAGAGCUUUAUCCUUUCUAGAUGUUUUUCUCAGCUCAAAUGAAGUCAUUGACGCUGCUGGCGUGUCUGGCCGCAUUUUCAGGCACGGCCUUGGCUGACAAGAAACGGCUCAUAAUUGAUACCGAUAUGCUCAAUUUUGAUGACGAUCCAUUAGCUAUUGGCUUGGCAAAUAUCUUCCAAAAUUGGGGGGAAGUGGAAUUAAUCGGCGUCUUCUCAAGUAUCAAUAGUCGAUAUGCACCACCGGGCAUCGAUGCUAUCAACACGUAUUUUGGACACCCGGAUAUACCCGUGGCAAUUCAGAAGCCCGUUGAUAAUCUGACACAAUGGCCGGACUUCCCUGAAUACGGCGAUUACCUCACGGGACUAACCUAUAACUUCACGGAGGAUAUCCGCGACGGCACAAAUACCCCCGAUCCAGUAUCCUCAUACCGCUACCUCCUCUCCAUCUCGAGCAACUCCUCCAUCAUCCUCGCCGUAAUCGGAUUCUUCGACAACCUCUACCACCUCCUACACUCAGGCCCAGACUCUAUAUCCCCAUUAACCGGCGCCGAGCUUCUAACCUCCAAAGUGGCUGAACUAGUAGUCCAAGCCAACGAUGUGGGAUACUCAUACAACACGGACUACCACAACGCUACCUUCGCACAGUACGUCCUAAACUGGUGGCCCGGAAACCUAACCUUUGCAUCGGAUGAUGUAGGCGAGAAUACGCUUAUCGGAAGCCGUAUCACGACGGAGUUAAACGUAACGACGAACCCGGUGGGCUAUGCGCUGAGGAAGAAUAUUGGGUAUGGAGAGACGCAUUAUGUGUGGGAUGCUGUGGCGGUGUAUUAUGCGGUUUGUGGGCUUGAUGAUGUGUUUAGUUGGAAGUAUCCCGCUGGGGGGCAUGUGAGGUUGAAUGGCUCGGCUUAUGCUACUUGGGAGAAUGGGACAGGGAAGGGGACGGGAUUGCAGAAUUCGAUUGAGUUCAGGGUUCCUAAUACGACGUUCGCAGAGAGGUUGGAGGAUACGCUUCUCUGGGAGCCAGGACAGCGUGUGCCGGAGAGGAGUUGGUGUAAGAAUUGAGUUGGAAAAGGGGGUGAGGUUGAUGCGUGAGGACUGUGAUAUCAUGUGGGAUGGGCUCAUUAACUUCAAUUCUUUACCUAAAUAAUCAUAAUACUAUUAAUUUGAAGACGGCGUUUUCUAUAUUCG